CUCCAACUUCUCGCGUUCUCCGGAUCUUACGAGAAGCCUGUCUCUUCCAGGUGACGUUGCCGCAAACUGGUGGACAGCUAAGCAGCCUAGCUAGGCUGAACUGGGGUUUCGACAGUCGACACUAGUUCUAGCUAAAAAUGGCGUUCACAUUCGCGGCCUUUUGUUAUAUGCUUGCUCUGCUGCUGACGGCGGCCCUCAUAUUCUUCGCCAUUUGGCACAUCAUUGCAUUUGAUGAGCUGAAAACAGACUACAAAAACCCUAUAGACCAAUGCAACACACUGAACCCUACAGUUGAAAGGGUCAAAAAGAUUAAAAGGGUCAAAAUUGCUUUGAAGCUGGUGCUCCCUGAGUACAUGAUCCACAUGUUCUUUUGCGUGAUGUUCCUGUGUGCAGCUGAGUGGCUCACGCUGGGUCUUAACAUGCCCCUGUUGGCCUACCAUGUCUGGAGGUACAUGAGUCGGCCAGUGAUGAGUGGGCCUGGCCUGUACGACCCCACCACCAUCAUGAACGCAGACAUCCUGGCCUACUGCCAGAAAGAGGGCUGGUGCAAGCUUGCCUUCUACCUCCUCUCCUUUUUCUACUAUCUCUAUGGAAUGAUCUACGUGCUGGUCAGCUCCUAAACAGAAAGAACACACUUCAAAAGAAAGUAGGAAGAGGUGUGUGGAAAGGACGACACAUGCUCAGCUCUUUUUUUUUUUUUAAUAUUUUGAGCUGAAAUUUGGACCUCUACAGACACCCUUUGUCAGAGAGAGCGUUUAAAAAGGCUGACAGACUCUUAACCAAUCCCCCCUCUCUCCCUAAACAACAACGAGGACAGGACAUGGCAGCCCUUUCAAAAUAAGAGUCCUCUUGAGAAGGGACUAAAACCACACUAUAGCCCUGAAUAAUUAGCCUGUUUUUUCCCCCUUCUCUCUUGUUUAUGUGCUGAAUUUAUUUGUGAAGUUAAAAUAAAGUUUAUAGUAUUUUCCCCCCUUCCCCAUCCCCAAUUUUGAAAUCAGGAUACUAUGUGGACACGCCGAUCAGUAGUCUAUUCACAUUUUUGAAGAAGUGAAUGAUAGCAGGAUUCAUUUUCAUGAAACUGUGUGAAUAAAAUUACUAGUACAUCAGGCAAUAUUUAUUGCAUGAGUACACUUACCAGGAUUUUGAAGAUUGAUGUUUAAUUUAAAUGUUUUUGUUUUUGAUCGGGCAGCUGAAAAUCAGAGCAGUCUACACAGUUAUUCUAGACAUUGCAGUGGGUUGUACUAGCAGGUAGAGCAGGAGUUGUGGUAACCAGGAGGAGGAUGACAAUCAACUAGGUUGUCAACAAGUGUGUACAUCCCCUAUCUAUCAUAAUAUGUGUGCUUUGAGGACAUAGCUAGUUCAGCUUCAUAUGUAACCAGUGUUGGGCCAACCUAGGAUAAAAAUAUUGGAACUGUACUCAGUGACUAUAUUAGGAUGCCUUUGUGUUCAGACAAAAAUUAAUAUAGUAAACUAUUAUGCUUCUGAAAUGGUAUUUUUCAUGGGAAUAUCAGGUUUUUGGAAUAUUGAGUUUCAGUUUUGCCAUCUGUUUAAUUUUGCCAACGUGUGUGUGUGUGUCUCCUGAGACACAGUAUAUGUAGGCAUCAUAGCUGAUAUCAAACAUGGAACCUCUACCGUCUGCCCCCCCCCCCCUCUUGUAACACUUUCCUGAGUUGACACUCCUUUCACGUUAUGUUGAAAGCAAAUUAUUCUUAUGUCUGACGACUGUGUGGAAUGUUAAUGCAUCUUUGUUGUUUUAUUUGAAUAUAAGUUAUGUUUUCAAAAGAAUGCAGCUUUAUCACUUCGCAUUCUUAUGUGUCUGUUCCAUUGCCACAAGUAGACGGAUAGAUUUUUAAACCAGACAGUCAGGACUGAGGUGUGUGUGUGUGUGUGUGUACAUUUGUGUUUGAGUGGAUGGGAACUUAAAAAAAUAAAAAAAAAAAAAAACUUUCUACCAGUGUGGAAUGACUGAUACUCCAGCCCUUGGUUUAGCUAGCAAACCUCCAUUUUCUAUGUCGACCCCUUGCAAAUGUGAUGGAACCUUGACAAGAAGAACUGAAAUAAACAGAUUCUACCUA